CCUCGACCUGCCCUGCACGUGGGGAGGGAGGGAGUGCUCGCGGAUUACCGCGCGCUGAACAUCACAGUCUAGGGCUAAGGCAACAACAGUUAAUGAGAAAGCCACAUAGGCAGUUUAUAAUACACAGUUUUCUCCUCAUUGUUCGUGUUUGUCAGUGCCAGAAUCUCUCUCCGAACUGAAAUCAUCCUUCGGCCACUAACCAUGUCUCUGUCAGGCUCGCAGACUCCAGAGGACGGCUUGUACGGCUCGUGGGUGGAGCUGGAGGAGCUGAUAUCAGCAGUGAGCAGCAGGGAGAGUCUGACAGGACAACAACAGGACACAGCCUCCUUGGCCCUGCAGGGGGAGCUAGAGAGAAUCCUGCUGGAGGCACAGCUUGAGUGUGAGAGGAGUAAAGACAGUCCUCCCCUGGUGGUGACUCCUCCACAGACCACUACUUCCCCUCCCCACAGUGAAGGCAGCAGCAGUACAGACUGUGUUACCAUACAGUCUGAAGAAGAAGGGGAGAGGAGGCUCAUUUCCGAGUGGGUAUGGGACUGGUCCAGUCGGCCAGAGAACCUUCCACUAAAGGAGUUUGUGUUCCAGCACCCGAAGCAGCAGUCGGGCUCCCUGAGCGUAAGGAAGAGUGAGGUGAUGAAGAGAGGCCUGUUCUCCUCUGACGUCCUCAUGAUCCUCAUCCCCUCAUUGCUGGCCUCGCACCUGCUCACACUGGGAGUGGGGAUCUACAUAGGGAAGCGAUUGGCUGCCUCCACAACUAGCACUCUGUGACAUGUGCUUCAGGGCAGCGCUCCCAUUCGCUGACGGCAGGCCAAUAGGAUCACAGCCCUUGCCACAGUACACUUGUUGCCCUCUCUCCCUGUCAUGGGGCAACUUUCUUUACCACUGUCUCUCUGUAUGUCUGUCUGUCUGUCUGUCUGUCUGUCUGUCUGUCUGUCUGUCUGUCUGUCUGUCUGUCUGUCUGUCUGUCUGUCUGUCUGUCUGUCUGUCUGUCUGUCUGUAUGUCUACCAUCCACCAGAACUUUGUGUGUAUGUCCGUCAGUCACCCAGCAUCUCUGAAUCUGUGAUUGUCCCAGGGCCAGAGCCUGUCUGUUUGUGUGUUUGUCUCUCUCUGUGUGUGUGUGUGUGUGUGUGUGUGUGUCAGGGCAGGACAGUUGAUACUGUUCGGACAUUGUGUCAAUGACUCAGACUGAGGUCACUUUUACUCUCCCAGCUGAGUAACACUGAUCUCAAUUAACUAACAGAGAGAAACGAGUGAUGAGAUGGAGAGAGAAAGAAAGAGAAUAACAGCUAGAUAAAUCCCCAUUGAAGGUGUUAGCAGGGUGUUGAAGAAAUGGGGUAUAUAGCCCAAUGCUUGUCCAACUAAAACCCAAAAUCUAAUCCUGGUGAAAGAAAGAGGUCACCAACAGAGCCAUAUACAGACGGUAUAUCCCUAUAUGACUCUGGUCACCAAUAUUAUGUGUCAGACGUGCCAGAACUGUGAUGAACCCAGGUGAUUUGUAUACGUUGAGGAAUGGUUUGUUUAAUGUUCUUAGUGGUUUAUGACCACAAAAGUGGCUCUGGUUUUGCACUUUGUCCUAUAUAACCAUCUGACUGUUUGAACUCUGAACUAUUUGAAUGACCAUAACCCUAUUAAACUUCAUUUGUCACACAG